AUGUGUGGGCAUAACAAGGUAGUCGUUAUUCUCGUGCUGAGGGAAGUGGACAUCGAGGCUCGUGACGGCGACAUUUUCUUCGGGUCGAAAACCGCGCUGCAACUGUCAGCCGAAGGUGGCCACCUGCGCGUAGUCAACACUCUGGUCAUCAGAGGCGCCCUUGCGGAACCUGAAACUUUCGGACGCCUCCGUUUUAGCGUGGAGGAAGGAUUCCGUGCAGCGUUCGACACUCUCUUUGAAGGGAAUCGUGAGGGAAAGUAUGAGCUUCCUGGAGGUUUUCUACAAUGCGCCCUGAUCUUGGCAGCAGAAUACGGCGAUCUCCCUGUCGUCGAGGCCUUGUCCAUCAAGGGUGUCAAUCUCGACGGCACGGCAGAAUUCUGGGACCCUGGCAAUAAUGGUUGGUUUUGUGAACCGGCGACUGCUCUACACGCUGCUGCAUACGGAGGCCACUACGAUGUUGUUAACUAUCUCCUGGAGAAUAGGGUUCGUAUCGAAACAGUGGAUGGAGAGUUAUCUACACCCUUGUCUUAUUCCGUGAUGGAAAAACCACCUGCGUGUGACGGCUACCCUCCUGAAAGCCGGGGCCGACACAGCAAAAGACGACAAUCGGAGCUCAAUACUUGGGACAGCCUGUAA